AUGGCACCGAAUCAGUACGAUGGCGACGAUGAUUCGUACGAGAAAGAAAAGACAGAGCAAGUGGAGCACGUUGACACGAUAGAUGCCGAAAAGGGACGUCUCCAGGAUGUCUCUGAGCUGAGUGGCAUUGAAGACACGGCGGCCUCCAAGGCCGCGUGGUUGAUCUCCGUAACCGUCUCAAUCGGUGGCCUUCUCUUCGGAUACGACACAGGCUAUAUUUCCUCAGUACUGGUGACGAUUGGAACGUCCCUCGGUCAUACUUUGAGCUCCAGCGAGGAAGAACUUGUCACCUCACUGACGAGCGGUGGUGCUUUGGUCGGCGCAGUGGGAGCUGGUCUGUCUGCCGAUCGCUUUGGUCGCCGCUGGCCCAUCUGGGGGGCCUGUAUCCUUUUCGUGCUGGGAACCGUGCUUCAGACAUGUUCUUAUUCUGUGCCUCAGUUUGCGGUCGGUCGGUUCGUCGUGGGCCUCGGUGUCGGCAGUGCUGCCAUGGUGGUCCCUCUGUACAUCGGUGAAAUAGCCCCUGCCAAAUAUCGGGGCCGCAUGGUGGCAUUCAACAACAUGAGCGUUACCUUUGGUCAGUUACUAGCGAGCGCGAUCGGGGCCGGCUUCGCACAGGUGAAGGGAGAAGCGUGGCGCGCAACUGUCGGGAUCGGAGCUGCACCGCCCCUCGCGCUUGCUGCGCUCCUCUUCCUCUGUCCCGAGUCGCCUCGUCAGCUGGUCUCACGUGGUGACAAUGCAAGCGCAGAUGCUGUCCUCAAGCGCAUCUACCCACGGUCUACCACCGACCAGCGCGAAGCUAAGAUCCGAUCGAUUGAACUGUCGCUUCAGGAAGCAACGCACGCGAUGUCCGAAGACACAAUCUGGGCGACGAUUAAACGUGUCUUCACGACCCCAUCAACGGGUCGCGCCGUCCUAACUGCAUGCGUGGUUAUGGCCAUCAGUCAAUUAGGAGGGUUCAACACGCUUAUGUAUUACGCGGCCAAGCUCUUCUCCAUCGUCGGAUUCAACAACCCCACAGCCGUCGGUAUCACUGUCUCAGGGACUAACUUUGUCUUCUCGGUCGUCAACCUCUUGGUUGUGGAUCGAUUUGGACGACGACUUAUUUUGACCACUACCGUGCUUGGCAUGGCCAUAUGUAUGCUCAUCACCGCGGUCGCGUUCCAUUAUAUUCCAGUGAACCUGCAAACCUUGGAAGUGGAGACCGAUAAUGUUGGCUGGCCGGGAAUUGUAGUCCUGGUGACCAUCAUUUGCUAUGUUGCUUGCUAUUCGUCAGGUGUUGCGACCAUUGCAUGGAUUGGAACCGAAUUGAUUCCACUUGAAGUCCGAGCUGUAGGGACAAUGAUGAACACCGUUACUUGCUGGAGCACCAAUAUUAUCAUUUCCUCUACCUUCCUGUCCAUGAUGAAGGGCAUCACGCCGAGCGGUGCAUUUGGGUUCUACACUGGCAUCUGCUUCACUGGCUGGGUAUUUGUCUUGUUCUUCUUCCCGGAAUGCAAGGGCAUGCCUCUGGAGGCCAUUCGUGAGGUCUUCAGCGAUGGCUUUGGUGUGGGCUACUCCAAGAAAUGGCAGAAGGAGCAUCGUGAUGAGGCCAAGGCUGCCACAGUCACCUCAUUUGGGCACUAG